AUGGCGGCUGUUGCCACUCACGCCACACUAUUCCGUGCGUCCACGCGCUCAAAUGACCUCAUCCCCAAAUCCGACAUUACCUUUUCUUCAGUAAAAUUCUCAUCAUACACCAAAAGAAGGGUUGCGGUUUGUGCUCAAAGCGCAAAUGGCGAUAGCAGGCAGCAAAACGACGCCGUUGUCUCCGUUUCAGAUUCUCAUCCGUCCGCCGCCGCCACCACCAACUCCGCCGCUAGAUCGAAAUCCAGGGUAAAGCGUCACGCAAUCUCGGUGUUUGUCGGUGACGAAAGUGGGAUGAUAAAUAGAAUAGCUGGAGUAUUUGCGCGGAGAGGAUAUAACAUUGAAUCGCUUGCAGUGGGACUGAAUAAGGAUAAGGCUCUCUUCACCAUAGUUGUAUCUGGAACCGAAAGGGUGCUACAUCAUGUUAUGGAACAGCUCCAGAAGCUUGUCAAUGUAUUGAAGGUUGAAGACAUUUCACAGGACCCACAAGUGGAACGCGAGUUAAUGCUCAUCAAAAUUAAUGCUGAUCCAAAUCAUCGAGCAGAGGUCAUGUGGCUAGUGGACAUUUUUAGGGCAAAAAUUGUGGACAUCUCCGAUCAUUCGCUAACUAUUGAGGUAACAGGAGAUCCAGGGAAGAUGGUCGCAGUGCAAAGAAAUUUGAGCAAAUUCGGGAUAAGAGAGAUUGCAAGGACAGGGAAGAUUGCUCUAAGAAGGGAAAAGAUGGGCGAAUCUGCUCCCUUUUGGAGGUUUUCAGCCGCUUCAUAUCCCGAUCUUGAAGCAGCAAGGCCAGCUAGUUCUAUCUCACGGAGAGUAAAAAAGACUGUCACUGAAGAAUCCGAUACAUCUUCUGGGGGAGAUGUUUACCCUAUAGAAUCAGGAGAUGACAUUUCUAUCAAUCAAGUUCUCGAUGCUCAUUGGGGAGUAUUGAACGAUGAUGAUAGUAGUGGACUUAGCUCUCACACCCUUUCUAUGGUUGUUAAUGAUGUUCCUGGAGUUCUUAACCUCGUCACAGGGGUUUUUGCUCGAAGAGGAUAUAAUAUCCAGAGUUUAGCUGUUGGUCAUUCUGAAGUUGAGGGGCUUUCGCGUAUUACGACGGUUGUUCCUGGUACAGAUGAAUCAAUUGGCAAGUUGGUACAACAACUUUAUAAAUUGGUGGAUCUUCAUGAGGUUCGGGAUCUCACGCACUUGCCUUUUGCCGAGCGGGAAUUGAUGUUGAUAAAAAUCGCUGUGAAUGCUGCUGCACGCAGAAAUGUACUCGAUAUUGCUAGUAUUUUCAGAGCCAAAGCUGUUGAUGUAUCCGACCAUACUAUUACCCUCGAGCUGACUGGAGAUUUGGAUAAGAUGGUUGCCUUGCAAAGAUUGUUGGAACCAUAUGGCAUUUGUGAGGUGGCUCGAACUGGGAGAAUUGCACUAGUACGUGAAUCAGGAGUUGAUUCAAGGUACCUCCGUGGUUACUCCUAUCCGUUGUAGUUCUUGACUUUUUCAAGUUUAAAGAUUAAGAUCCUUUUAGUCUCGCCUAAAUAACGCAACGUUUGUGUUUAUGAUUGAGGCCGUAACUCGCUUUUAAGAAUUAAUGAUAUUAUACUCGGUUUUGUUUUAUUUAUCGGUGUCUAUUAACGUAGUCGUACU